AUGGACAGCGCAGAUUACCGUGGGCUGCUCGAGGAUGACGGCGAGGACGGCAGUCAUGUCGAGAAGAUUCGUCUCCAACCCGGUCAGUUCUCCUACGACAAUAAACGUGGCCGCCGGAUCUAUUUGGGAGUACUCCUGGUGUCCCUCGCCUUCAACUUGCUCUUCGCCGCCUCCUACCUCCGCGCCUCCUUUCUACUGUCCGAGAAGUCAUCACCAUACGCCAAGCUCGAACGUAACCGCGAGGAGCCGUAUGUAAUAGUGACACCCUACAGCAGCGAGAACGAAGCCCUCCAAGAUCAGUUAUGGUACGACAUCAAUGUCGACGCGGCCGUCGUCGCGCUCUCCGACGACUGGGCUUCCCAGCAUGAUCUCCGAAAGGCGCAGCGUUUCCCGUGGGACCAGACCAAGGGACUCUACAUACUCCACGGCUACCACAACCUGCACUGCCUGAAACUCGUGUACAUAUCCAUGAGCGAAUACCGCCGCGGGGUGCCCCAAACGCGCUCAUGGCACCACGUCAGCCACUGCUUGGACGCGCUUCGCCGGCAGAUCAUCUGCGACGCCGACGACACGCCACGGGCGACGGAUCGGCGCGCCGAGGUCGUCAGUGGCCUUCUUCAGCACCGUCGAUGUCGCAGCUGGGAUCAACUGGAGGAGUUUGCCACGCAGAACACGGCCUGCUACAAGCGCCCUGACAACCCCGACGCGGAGGGCACGUCUAAGUUGAGCAGGUUCAAGCACUGUCCGCCGGGGAGUGGGUAUGUCGUGACGGACGACUACAUCUCAACUGAUGAGCUGUUGGUGGGACUACCAGAAGAGUCUUUGCAGGAUCACCUCUGA